AUGGGAAACAACUGUGUUGGAUCGAGAACCUCUUCUAAAGAUGGAACUCAUGUUUCAAGCUCAUCCUGGUGGUGUCGUGGUCACAAGAAAGAUGGUUCGCAUGCACACAAAGGUGGCAAAAAGCACGCAAAAGCCACAGAAACUGUUCAAGACAAGCCUCCACAGGAAGUGAAAACUGAGAUUGAUGAGGUGAAGCCUCCUCAUCAACCCAAAGAGACUAAACCACCUUCGGAACAAACAAGAGGCCAACAAGCAAAACCAAAGAGGCCACAGCAUAUGAAGAUGCGGGCAAGCGCAGGCCUCAAAGCUGAUUCUGUUUUGCCAAGGAAAACCGGUAACCUUAGGGACUUUUACAGUUUGGGACCAAAGCUUGGACAAGGGCAGUUUGGAACCACUUUCCUUUGUGUGGAGAAGGCCACUGGGAAAGAUUAUGCAUGCAAGUCCAUAAUGAAGAGGAAGCUGGUGACAGAUGAGGAUGUGGAGGAUGUGAGGAGGGAGAUUCAGAUAAUGCACCACUUGUCAGGGAGUCCUAACGUGAUCUCCAUCAAGGAGGCUUUUGAGGAUGCUGUUGCAGUUCAUGUGGUUAUGGAGCUGUGUGCUGGGGGUGAGCUGUUUGAUAGGAUUGUUGAAAGAGGGCAUUACACUGAAAGAAAGGCAGCUAAGCUUGCAAGAACUAUAGUUGGUGUGAUUGAGUCUUGCCACGCUCUUGGAGUGAUGCAUAGGGAUCUUAAGCCUGAGAAUUUUCUCUUUGUUAAUCAGCAAGAAGAAGCCCCUCUUAAGGCAAUAGAUUUUGGACUUUCUACUUUUUUCAAACCAGGUGAAAUUUUCAAUGAUGUGGUAGGAAGUCCUUAUUAUGUAGCACCUGAAGUUCUACGCAAGCGUUAUGGCCCCCAAGCAGAUGUAUGGAGUGCUGGUGUCAUAAUAUACAUUCUCCUAUGUGGGGUGCCUCCAUUUUGGGGAGAAUCAGAGCAAGAGAUAUUCGAUUCGAUUUUGCAUUUUGAGCUCGAUUUCAAAUCGGAUCCUUGGCCUUCCAUAUCUGCAAGUGCAAAAGACUUGGUUAAGAAGAUGCUUGUCAGAGACCCUAGUAAACGGAUAACAGCUUUUGAUGUUCUUCGCCACCCCUGGAUUCAAGUUGAUGGAGAAGCUCCAGACAAGCCGCUUGAUUCUGCAGUUUUAAGUCGCCUAAAGCAAUUUUAUGCAAUGAACAAACUCAAGAAAAUGGCUCUCAGAGUCAUAGCAGAGAAUCUCUCUGAAGAAGAAAUUGCAGGGUUGAGAGAAAUGUUUAAGAUGAUAGACGCAGACAACAGUGGUCAAAUUACAUUUGAAGAACUCAAGGUUGGACUGAAAAAGUUUGGUGCUAAUCUCAAUGAAUCUGAAAUUUACGACCUUAUGCAAGCAGCAGAUGUUGAUAACAGUGGCACAAUUGACUAUGGAGAAUUCAUUGCUGCAACAUUGCAUCUAAACAAGGUUGACAGGGAAGAUCAUUUAGUUGCAGCUUUUGCUUAUUUUGAUAAAGAUGGAAGUGGCUUCAUCACUCAAGAUGAGCUUCAACAAGCUUGUGAAGAAUUUGGCAUGGGAGAUGCUCGGUUGGAGGAAAUGAUACGAGAAGCUGAUCAAGAUAACGAUGGACGAAUAGACUACAAUGAAUUUGUGGCCAUGAUGCAGAAAGGCAAUGCAGAUUUGGGUAAGAAAGGUCCAAAGGGUAGCACUAGUUUUAGAGUUGGAUUUAGGGAGGCACUACCGGUAUGUUAA